AAGCGACGAAGAAGAAUCUGUUUGGAGCGGACAAACGGCUAGCCAUCUUCUGGGUGAAACACUGAGAUUAAGCAUUCAAGUCUCCGCGUCGAACGUUUCAUCCGCCGGCCAGCUGGAUCCAGUUCCGUCUCACCUCCAGUCCACACAGAGGUUUCCUACCUGUCCGCGAGAGGCCCAGACAUGGCAGAAAGCACAGAGCAAAACGAGACGAAGCACGACAACUCCUCGUCCCCCGGAGCGGCGGAUCAAGAGAAAGAAAUGGCCGCCAGCGCGUACGAAGCGUUUUCGUCUGGGAAGCACGACGAGUCCCUGAAGCAGCUGGACGCCCUGCAGGACCUCAACAAGGACGACUACAAGAUCGCCAUGAACAAGGCGGUGGUGGAGUUCUACAAGAGCAGCCAGACCACCACGGGGGCCCUGAAGCAGACCCUCGUGGCCAUGAAGAACCAGGUUCACACGUCAACAGAGGACGUGGAGGGGCUGGACGACGUGGAGAACAGCCUCCUGUACUACAACCAGGCCAUCAUCCACUACCACAUGAGGCAGUACUCCGAGGCCGUCGCCAUCGGGGAGCGGCUCUACCAGUUCCUGGAGCCGUUCGCAGAGAAGUUCGCCCAGGCCGUGUGUUUCCUGCUGGUGGACCUGUACCUGCUCACCUUCCAGCCAGAGAAGGCCCUCCACCUGCUGGCCGUGCUGGACAAGCUGUCCCUCCAGGGCGGCAGCAAGAACGGCAAAGGAGAGAGCAACAGUUCACACCGAGACGGAGCCAACCAGAGGGCGGAGUUCACGGCCAUGAUCGAGGCAGCCAAGUCAAAGAUGCACCAGUACAAAGUGAGGGCCUACAUUCAGAUGAAGUCCUCCAAGGCCUGCAAGAGGGAGAUCAAGUCUGUGAUGAACACGGCGGGGAACUCCGCGCCCUCGCUCUUCCUCAAGAGCAAUUUCGAGUACCUGAGGGGAAACUACCGGAAGGCGGUGAAGCUGCUGAACAGCUCCAACAUCGCAGAGCAUCCCGGACCCAUCAAGACGGGCGAGUGCGUCCGCUGUAUGUUCUGGAACAACCUGGGCUGCAUUCACUUUGCGAUGGGGAAACACAACCUGGGCAUCUUCUACUUCAAGAAGGCGCUGCAGGAGAACGACCACACCUGCGCACAGCUGGGCGACGGCAGCAGCGGCCAGUCCAAGAAGUUCUCGGGCAUCCCCAUGUGCGCUCUGCUCGCCAACAAGCGCUACGAGCUGCUGUACAACUGCGGCAUCCAGCUGCUGCACAUCGGCCGGCCCCUGGCGGCCUUCGAGUGCCUGAUGGAGGCCGUGCAGGUGUACCACUCCAACCCCCGGCUGUGGCUGCGGCUGGCCGAGUGCUGCAUCUCCGCCAACAAAGGGGGCUCGGAGCAGGAGGGCAAAGGGCUUCCUUGUAAGAAGGGAAUCGUGCAGUCGAUCGUCGGCCAGGGCUACCACCGCAAGAUCGUGCUGGCGUCCCAGUCCACCCAGAACACCAUCUACAGUGAGGGCCAGUCGGCGGCCAUCCCAGUAGCCAGCAUGGAGUUCGCCGCCAUCUGCCUGAGGAACGCUCUGCUGCUGCUCCCGGAGCCCCAGCAGCCGGACCCCAAGGCGGAGAACAACGGCUCCAAGAGCUCCAGCCAAUCGGGGAGCACCGAGAGCGGCGGCGAGAACAGCGACCCCUGCAGCGUGAAAGGUCAGGAGGCCGACAAGUUCCUGUCCGCGGCGCCGUCGUCUCCUCUCAGGAAACAGGAAGUAGACAACCUCAGGUGCUCCAUCCUGGCGUGCAGCGCCUACGUGGCGUUGGCGCUCGGGGACAACCUGAUGGCGCUGAGCCACGCCGAGAAACUGCUCCACCAGUCCAAGGUGUCGGGCUCCCUCAAGUUCCUGGGUCACCUCUAUGCUGCUGAAGCCCUCAUCUCAUUGGACCGGAUCUCUGACGCCAUCGCUCACCUCAACCCGGACAACGUGAGCGACGUCUCCAUGGGAACGCUGACCAGCGAGCAGGACCAAGGCUCUGACAAAGGAGACGAGUCCGUAGAGUCCCCAGGGAAGCCGCCCCCCCUGUGUUACCCCAGCAGUGUGACCUCGGCUCGCUCCAUGAUGCUCUUCAACCUCGGCAGCGCCUACUGCCUACGGAGCGAGUACGAGAAGGCCCGCAACUGUCUGCAGCAGGCGGCGUCCAUGGUGAACACCAAGGAGAUCCCCCCCGAAGCCAUCCUGCUGGCCGUCUACCUGGAGCUCCAGAACGGCAACACCCAGCUGGCGCUGCAGAUCAUCAAACGGAACCAGCUGCUGCCCACGGCGGUCCAGAAGGUUUCACCGGAGUCCCGCAAGAAGCCCGUCCAGCCGCCCUCUCCCUUCACACAAGUUCAGCGCAAAUGAGCCUCCAGAGCCCCUCCCCCUCCCCCACAACACACUCACCCCCCCACCCCAACGAGCCUUUGUAUUUAUAAAGCUGCUUCCCUCCAGCAUCAGGAGCCGUUUGAAGCGCCGGCCGGCACCGCUUCCAUUUGAACGAGGAAUCGUGUCGUCUGAACGAUGAGAAUAAAUUUUAUUUACUGUA